GUGCAACAUUGUCUUCGCGAGUAACCUCUCUCCAGCGUGUCACCGUCUCUGAAGAAGAGUAGACGAAUGGGCUGUUAGGGAUAAGCUCGAUUUCUUUGACAAUAUAUAAAGUGAGAACUCAUAUGCAAAACGCUUGAGGAUUUACGGAUUUAAAUAAGUAAAUAAUCUCGGGAUUUUGGUUAAUUUCCCGACGGGCCGGAUACAGCUUGAUACCGAGAGGGAGACUCAACUCAGGUCCUUUCGUCCUGACAUGGACACAGGAAUUGUACCAGAAAAGAAAAGGGUGAGCUCGGAGCGGAGGAAGGAGAAGUCCAGGGAUGCAGCGCGUAGCCGGCGUGGGAAGGAGUCGGAGGUGUUCUACGAGCUGGCACAGGAGCUGCCCCUGCCCCACACUGUCAGCUCCAGCCUGGACAAGGCCUCUAUAAUGAGGCUCAUCAUCAGCUACCUGCGCAUGAGAAAACUUCUCAGCACUGAUGAGCCAAUGGCAGAGGAGGAAACCGAGCUUGAUACACAGCUAAACAGCUCCUACCUAAAGGCUUUGGAGGGCUUUCUCAUGGUGCUGUCUGAAGAUGGAGAUAUGAUCUAUCUCUCCGAGAAUGUCAACAAGUGCCUGGGGCUGGCACAGUUUGACCUGACUGGACACAGUGUGUUUGACUUCAUACAUCCCUGUGACCAGGAAGAGCUGAGGGAGAUGCUGGUCCACAAAACAGGCUCUAAAAAGGCCAAGGAACCAAACACAGAGCGCAGCUUCUUCCUCCGAAUGAAAUGCACCCUCACAAGCAGGGGCCGCACUGUCAAUGUCAAAUCGGCUACAUGGAAGGUGCUCCACUGCUCAGGUCAUGUCCGUGUAUAUGACAGCAACACUGAGGAGCCUCCCAACGGGCACAAGGAGCCACCGGUCCCCUACCUGGUUUUGAUCUGUGACCCAAUCCAACACCCCUCCAACAUUGAGGUCCCUCUUGACACCAAGACCUUUCUGAGCCGCCACACAAUGGACAUGAAGUUCACAUAUUGUGACGAGAGGAUCACUGAGCUCAUGGGUUAUGACCCAGAAGACCUGUUGAAUCGAUCUGUAUAUGAAUACUAUCAUGCUAUGGACUCAGACCAUCUUACCAAGACUCACCACAACUUGUUUGCAAAGGGCCAGGUGAGCACAGGCCAGUACCGGAUGUUGGCCAAGAAAGGAGGCUUUGUGUGGGUGGAAACCCAAGCCACUGUCAUCUACAACAACAAGAACUCCCAGCCACAGUGUGUUGUCUGUGUCAACUUUGUGCUCAGUGGCAUCCAGGAGGAGAAGUUGAUCUUGUCUCUGGAGCAGAUCGAGGAUGUGAAGCCAGUGAAGGAGGAGCAGCAGGAGGAAGCAAAAGCUGUGGUGGAGAGCAGCCAGCUCGACAUGUCUCCAGCCCUGUCGAAGGACGAGGAGAAGGUCCCAGAGUUGGAUGUGAUCAAACUGUUCACUCAGGCGGUGGACGACCAGCCUCUGGCGAGCCUGUAUGACCAGCUGAAGGAAGAGCCAGAGGCCCUCACCCUGCUGGCCCCAGCUGCUGGAGACUCAAUCAUCUCCCUGGACUUCAGUUGCCCUGAAUCAGAGAUCCAGCUCCAGAAGGAAGUCCCUGUCUACAAUGAUGUAAUGCUUCCCUCCACCAGUGACAAGCUGGCUCUGCCUCUUUCCCCUCUGCCGCCCAGCGAGCCUAUCCAUGUCACCACAACCAGCUCAGAGGCUGCCAAAGCUGAGAGCUAUGCUCGAGCCCCGUCCACCACAUCGAGCAGCCACAGCUCCUCAGGGGCUGACCGUCCACUGGACUUUUGUUUCCCCAUGGACUCGGAGAUGAAACCAGAUUUCAAACUAGACUUGGUGGAGAAGCUGUUUGCCAUUGAUACAGAUCCCAAGACCCCGUUCACCAGACAGGCAAUGGAAGACUUAGAUCUAGAGAUGCUGGCUCCCUACAUCCCUAUGGACGAUGACUUCCAGCUGCGCAGUCUGUCCCCAGAAGAGCCUCUGUCUUGUGUGACAGUCAAAUCCCUUGAGAGUUCUCUCCUCCACGUCACACAGGACAUCAACAGCUAUCCCCGCUCCCCAGUCAGUGCACCAGACAGUCGAACAGCUUCCCCAGAGCCACUUAACUCUCCUAAUCCUGCCACCAUUGUUGCUAAGAGGACCCCACAGCUGGACAAAGAAGUCUCGCUCAAGAUCCUGGCAGCUCAGAACGCACAGCGCAAAAGAAAACUGGGUGACAUAAAAGAAAUUCUUGGACAGGGAACUUCGCCCCCAGAACAAGUGGAGCAGGGCAAAAAGCUGAAGGCCUCAGAGUCGGGAACAACCAGGACCAUACUUCUGCUGCCUUCAGAUGUGGCGAGUCGUCUGCUGGGCAGCACAUCAGAGGGCACCAGUUCCCUGUUCAGCCUGCCGCAGCUCACCCGCUACGACUGCGAGGUCAACGCACCCUUGCAGGGUCGUCAGUAUCUGCUGCAGGGAGAGGAGCUGCUUCGCGCUUUGGACCAUGUCAAUCUAAUCUAACUUAAAUUGAAGGCGCCUCUGCUCACUGCUGGACUAGACUGGACACUACAAUUUCUCCCUCAUAUUGUCACUCCCUCUGCAAGACCCCUAAUGUCACCCCACUGCCCCUUUUAUUUAUGUAUCUGUACGAGUUUGACUAGUCUGGCUGCUGUUUGUGCACCUCAUGUGAUAUCAGCAGCAUUCCACCGUGACAAACACAAUGGCAGCAUCUGGGUUUUGGUGCAAGGGAUUCAGGCCUCAUAAGAUGCCCAAUUGUCGUCUUUUUGUUUUUGUUUUUCCCUCUCCUCCGGGGAGUCUCUCAGCACACAACGCCUCGACAGAUGACCCUUUUCCAGCAGGUCCCCACAGACCCUGGCGCUACGGCCAGCAGUAUAUUGUAGGCUUCAGUCGCACAAUUUAUAUUUUCAUAAAAAGAAAAAUAUUACCAGCAAUAUAUAUUAAGCCUUUUUAAAGUCGUUUUAAUGGGAUAUGAACCAUUUUAUUUUUCCUCCCAUACUUGUAUGUUGUAGUACUCGUACCUAACAAGAUGUCUUUAGUCCAGAAAGUAUGAAAAUAUUUUUUAAACCAUAGGUGGUUUGAAUGUUAUCUCCAUUUAAUAGCUAUCAGUCUUUGAGGUAAAUGCAUUUAAUUGUGUAGCAGUCCAGUACAUGUCACUUUAUUACUUUACUGUAAGUGUGUGUUACUGUACAUAUACCAGGGAAAUGUUACGCAGUACGGCUUUACAACUUUGACUUAGUCUCAAAGUGAAAUCUGAGAGUAUACGCUUCACUUUCUUUUGAUCGCUUUUCAUCAUGAAGAAUUGGCAUUUUUCUAACAUUAAGUGAAUUCAUGUACUUGGUUUUUAUUGUGUGACACUCAAAACAGUCCAUUUAAAAUAUGUGGGAUAUCCAUAUUUUACUCAUGUGAUCAUUAUCAUGGUAGCACUUGUGAGUUGUCAAACUUGUUUGCUCAGUUUAAUACCAUUGCUCCUUGCCAUUAGUUCGGUCGCUCAUGCUUCUUGUUGCCGUCUAACAUUAAAUGGCUUUAAUAAAGUG